GUCCUGUGAGGCGAGGGGUGCCAUCGCCUGGCUGCUGGUUUGCGUGCUGGUUUGCCUGCUGGUUUGCCCUGCCGGUGUGCCCGUUGGACUCUUUGCCCUGCUGGACUCUUUUCUGGUCCUGCUGGACUCUCCUCUGAUCCUCCCGCCGACCUUUCCGCCCCAAUUCAUCCCACCUCAUCUCCCUCAUCCCAUCAACCCAUCCGCUCUCCUGCUCCAUGAGUCUCCCUUCGUCCUCCAGCAUCUCGCUGGGUGUCGCCGCCUUGGGCUGCUCGGCCCUGGCCACAUACUAUCUCUUCUUUGGGUCGCCCGUCACCCGCAAGCUGCAUCUCGGCACCCGUCGCCUGGCAGCGUCGCCCAAAGCCUCAGCCUCCCUGCAUUCGUCGCUCUUCCGGGCCCAGUCCGCCGUUCCCUCAGACUCGGACCAUCCCAACGACCUCAUCUCGCUGCCCUCGGAGGUCUCGGGCCCCUCGGCCUCGUCAUCGCCCCGUCCCCAGCCGCUGAACUCGCCCGGCAACGUCGCCGACCUGUCUGCGUCUAUCUACAACAUCACCAACUCGGUCCUGCUGACGAGCUCCUGGAACUUUGUCGUCAAUCAGUCAAUUGUCGUCUCGCCGCCGAUGGGGCCGACCGGCGAGCAUCCAUUCCAGCUGCCGCCGCAAAUCUCGAUUGACGCCCCCGAGUCGUCAUCCCCCCACGAAUUCCAGGUCUCGUCCGGCCAGCUCUCGCCCGACGAGGACUCGGCCGAUCCCUUGAUUCCCGCCACCAUCCCGAGCUCCUUCGACCCAGCCGCAGGGUCGCCAGCCCACCGAGUCUUUGAGUACCUGCUCGAUCCAGUGACCUUUUAUUCACUCAAGCUCAGCCCGGAAGGGGCCGUGAUCGAAAAGUCCUAUGCCUCAUUCCUCACCUCGGUCGUGGACUACGUCGCUCACGAGGUCGCGGCACCGCCGGAUGAGUACCAGGUCGGCUCCGAUGUCAAGUUUAUGGAGGGUGGCAAGAACGAAAUCUACUACACCCUCGUCCACCACCGCCCUCUCAAGCCCGACUCCAACGCCCGGCACUCUGCUGUCGGAACCCUGGUUCUUCGAACCUUUUACGAGGAGACUCGCGAUGCCAAGACGGUCUAUGUCAUUCAGGACAAGUUCACGAUGCUGCAGUCCACGCUCGUCGCCCAGUACGUCAUCUCGGACGAGCUCAGGCUGAUCGAGGAGGACAGCGCCGAGGUCGAUACCGAGUUUGUCAUCGUCGACGCUUCUCUGCAGAUCUACGGGCCGACCGUCCCGGCUUGGUGGAUGGCCUCGGUGGCUCCGAAACAGUUCCAGAAACGGCUUGAUGCCCUGCAGGUCAAGCUGGAUGGGCUUGCUUGAUGGAAUGGCAAGGGCUUUGACCGGCGCACAGUCGCCCGUCUCGGCAUAAUCCACACGAGAUGGGCAGAUUCAUCUUUGCUGCGGCCUCCCACUACUCGGGUUUCGCUGACGAGCGCGUGCCAUGGAUCCCGCAAACCUCCCAGAGCCCUUCCGGCUGGGGUUUUGUGCGUUCGAAACCGGAUUUUCUAAUUGUUUGUGUUGGUGGUACCGCUUCUCCCUCCACCCUCCUCCCUCCUCCUCCCCCUCAUCCUGUCCCCGACCUUCUUUGGCUGCGAUUGACCGUGCUUCUCCCACCUUGCUCGCUCGACUUUGGUUUUGUACAUUUGCGUUGGCAAUCGGCCGAACAAAAUACCACCCCACCUGUCAGCUGGAGUGAGCUUU